AAAAAAACCAGGAGCCCUGAAUGACAGAAAGAGAAAAGACGAGAAAGAGUCCUUCACUACCACCAGAGAGAGACGGAGGUGGAGAGGAGACGGAGAAGGGAGGAGAAACAGAAUAAGAAGAGGAGUAAUUUGAAAGGAAAUGUUUUAAUCUGGGAAUUAGGAGCACAGGAAUCACAGAAACUACAGAAAGGAACCACAUAACCACAGUCAGGAUGCCCACUAACGGUACAAACUGUCCUCUGAAGCUGCAGUUUGGUCUGAUCAACCACGAGAGUCGCUACCUCACCGCAGAGGCCUUUGGCUUCAAGGUGAAUGCGUCGGCCCCCAGUCUGAAGAGGAAGCAGGUGUGGACUUUAGAGCAGGACUCCCAGGACCCCCAGGUGGUUUACCUCCGCAGCCAUCUGGGCCGCUACCUGGCCUCCGACAAGGAUGGCAAGGUCACUUGCGAGGCCGAGGGACGGAACACAGACUGCCGCUUCCUAAUCGCUGCCCAGUCAGACGGCCGCUGGGCACUUCAGUCGGAACCCUACCUGAGGUUAUUCGGAGGUUCCCGGGACUACCUGUCCUGCUUCGCCCAAGUGAUCACAGAGGCAGAGUUAUGGGCGGUACACCUGGCGCUCCACCCACAGGCCAACCUGCUCAGUGUCGCCCGCAAGCGCUACGCCCACCUGUCACCCGACGACGGCGAGAUCGCCGUGGACCGGAACAUUCCAUGGGGCGUGGCGGCGCUCCUGACGCUCGUCUACCUGGAUGGGAAGUACCGGCUCAAGACCUGCGACGGCCGUUACCUUGGCAACGACGGGAAGCUGUCAGCGGAGAGCGGGCGGGGCACGGGGUACACGCUGGAGCUGAAGUGUGGGAAGCUGGCGUUUAAGGACUGUGAGGGGAAGUACCUGAGUCCGAUGGGGCCCACGGGGACACUGAGGUCUGGCAGGUGCAGCAAGCCGGGGAAGGAUGAGCUGUUUGACCUGGAGGAGAGCCACCCUCAGGUGGUGCUGAUGGCAGCCAAUGGGAAAUACGUGUCUAUACGGCAACGUGUGAGUAUCUCGGCCAACCAGGAGGACGAGACGGACCUGGAGACGUUCCAGAUGGAGAUUGACAAGGAGAGCAGGAAGUGUCUGUUCCGGACCAACGAGGGGAAAUACUGGGCCCUGGUGGCCCACGGAGGCAUCCAGACUACGGACACAGAAAGGUCUGCCAACACCAUGUUUGCAGUGGAGUGGAUGGGCCGCAGGGUGGCACUAAGAGCCAGUAACGGGAAAUACAUCUGCACCAAGAAGAACGGCCAGCUAGCAGCCGUCAGCGACUCUGUAGGUGAGGAUGAGAAGUUGAUUCUGAAGCUGAUAAACCGUCCCAUGCUGAUCCUGCGAGGAUUGAACGGCUUCAUCUGCCACCAUAAGAACUCCAACACGCUGGAUGCCAACAGAUCAGUCUAUGACAUCUUCACACUGCAUUUCAGUGAUGGGGCGUACCACAUCAAAGGUGAGGGGGGGAGGUUCUGGUAUGUGAACAGCAGUGGUCUGGUGUGUUCAGAUGGAGAGACACCAGAUGACUUCUCCUUUGAGUUCCUGGAGCACGGACGCAUCGCCAUCCGAGGCAAGAACGGCAGAUACCUGCGAGGCCAGGGGGGCAUGCUGAAGGGCGACGGGGUUACCCCCGACAGCUCUGCCCUCUGGGAGUACUGACCUAUAUGAGGGCCACUCUCCUACCCUGCUUGAGUUUACCCCUAACCACAGAUCUAGGAUCAGAUUGGGGCAGAUUACCCUAACCCCCAUGUCCUAAAAAUGAAUGAACAGAUUGGUAAAGAAUAUCUGACCCUAGACUAGUAGUUAGUGGCAACUUCUGCCCUCUCCCAUAGGUCCCUUUCUGCCCCUGUCACUCCCCUCAACCUACUCCUGGCACGCCAGCCAAUGAAGAAGGCACAAAGAGAAAACAGACUCUUUUUACAGGGGAGGUCGAGGGAAGACAUAUGUUUAAAUGGAUGCACUAAUUGUAAGUCGCUCUGGAUAAGAGUAUCUGCUUAAUGACUAAAAUCUUCAUUUAAAAUAAGGCAGAGGUCCCAUGUUUUCAGCUCAGAAGAGCCUGGUCAGAAGAAAUGAAUCAUGUUUGCUGGAGUCAACGGCAGAUUCCAAACAACACUAUGCUUAAUAGGCUUAUGAGAAUUUUUGUAUGUUUUUUAAAAUUAGCAUGUUACCAGUAAAAGUCAAGGUUCAGAGUAAGUAUCAUACUCACACAUAGAGGACUAGUCAUGGCUUGGGUUUUCAUUUUGUAACAUUGUUUUAGCUACAACACUAUUCAUGAUACAACAGUAAUACAACUACUAACUAACAUGUGUCCUAUGUCCUGUUGUGGUUCACAUUCUCACAUUCUGAUUGUGCCCACAUUUUCAGAAAUAUGUCUAUACAUGGUUUUAAAAUUAGUAUUUUAAUCGUAUAGACUGGAUGCAUUAAAAGAUGCAUUGUGGGUCUGAUAUCUUACAAGUGUACACGGAUUUGGGCCUGGUCUCCCAAAAGCAUCUUAAGGCUAAGUUCAACUUAGAAUCAUAGGAUCCUAUGGUUUUAACAAUGAACUUAGGCCUUAAGGUGCUUUUGGGAAACCGGGCUCUGGACAGUGAAACCAUUUAAAUCAUCAUUAUCCCAUCAUCUAAAAUCACUGACAGGUGGCACCAUUGACUUAUGGCAUCAACAUGUGUCUUAAAGCGGCAAUCAACAGUAGAAACAAUAUCAAAGCACACUCCCCGCCCGUUUUGGUUAAAGGCUGAGGGAUGGGGCUGGAGAAAUGUAACCACUCUCAAAUUCAUUAACAGAGCUAUAGCUGAAAGGACUGACCAGCCAUGAUAUCAAAACUAUAGUUUAACCAUGUUUUCAGGCUAUAUAGUGUUUGUUUACAUUUACUUUGUUUACAAACAAACAAUUUACUUUGGAGUAAAAUAAGCUUAUAUUUUGGGUUCUGAUAGUUAAACUAAGCUCAUGAGACAUUUAUAAGUUAUUUAUUUUGAUUUUAUCUUUAUUUAAUUAGCCAAGUCAGUUAAGAACAAAUUCUUAUUUACAAUGACGGCCUACCCGAGCUAAACCCUAAUGACACUGGGCGCCGCCCUAUGGGACUCCCAAUCACAGCCGGUUAUGAUACAGCUUGGAAUCUAACCAGGGUCUGUAGUGACGCCUCUAGCGCUGAGACGCAGUGCCUUUGACCACUGCACCACUCAGGAGUUCUUCAAGAAUCAAUGGGUACAUAUCCUUAAUUUAUAAGUCCAAAAAUAGAUGUAGCAACUGCUGAUUGCCCCUUUAAGAUAAAUAAAUAAAUAUUAUUUUGAAAGAAUAGCUGUCAAAUAAUUAGCAUACAGGGAGGGACCAGGAAAUGUAGUCACAGUAGAUGGAUAAGAGACACAUUUUAAUACCACGUGUAGACAUAUUUCUGAAAAUGUGGGCACAAUCAGAAUGUGGAAAAGAUCAGGAAAGAGGACGCAUGUUAGCACCAGGUAUAAAUGAGGCUAGAGGAGUUGACAUGGCCUGGGUUUUCAGUUCUGAAGUGUCUACUGGUCAUCUGUAGCUCAGUUGGUAGAGCAUGGCAAUUUAGUGUUUGCUAUGCCAGGAUAGUGGGUUUGAUUCCUGGUACCACCCAUAUGUAAAAUAUAUGCAUGACUGUAAGUCCCUUUGGAUAAAUAUGUCUGCUAAAUGGUAUACAUUAUUACUACAGCAGCUACAAAUACUCCACAACUACAAUACACACAAUGCUACAAAUACCUAUAGAGACACUCUGGUGUAAAACCAAUGUGCCUUAAACCAAUUGUCUAUUACACUCUCUUCCACCCCUCUCUCUCACUCGAUUCUCUGGUUUCCCCAAUUGUUCCUUUCCAUUCUUCCCUGUCGUUUUGCCAAUUCUGACAUUGUAAGCGAGUGACAGUGUUGAGAGGUGUGUAAUAAUAAACUCAGAAAGUCACCAACUCAUCGUAGCUGAGUCAUCAUUAGUGGACAGCUUCCUUAGCAUCGUAACAUUAACAAGCAUGAGAGGCAGCUGCAUCUCAAAUGUUACCCUCAUCCCCAUGUAGGGCAGUAGGCCCACUUCUAAACACAGACACAUAGAGUAAUGGUUUCAGGUGAUAAGUAGGGGCCCUCUAUAUGGGAUAUACGAGUGUAAUGGGUGUCGUUUGAGAUUUGUACAGGCUUUUCCCUACAAUCAAAACAGUAACACGUCAGGUGUAA